AUGAGCAGCACCAUGGCGGAGGGGCCGCAGAGCAUCAAGUCGCGCAUCGCUGCGCUGAACUUGGAGGACGUUCACGCCCCUGCGCCCGACACCAAGCCUACCUACACCUACGAAUCUAUUACCGCGACCAAGAAGAAGCCUCCUCCGCCUCCACCCACCUCGCGCCCGCCCGCCUACCAGCGCCAGCAGACGGUCAACAAUCCGCCCAUUCUUAGCAAUGCACCCACUACGACGAGACUCCUGGCCAACCAGCCCAUAGAGCCCAAGCCCGAGACACCGAAAAUCUCACCUGCACUACCACCGCGACCACCGCCACGACCCUCCACCACACCUCGACAGACGCCCGCCCUGCCUCCUCGCAAUCCCUCCGAGCGCAGCGUCCAUCGACGCGAGUCCAACGACUCCAUUUACACAGUCGCCUCAAGUGUAUCAACCCUCUCCCUGGGCUCUGUGAAGACCAACGAGACCAGCCACGGCAAUGGGUCCGUCUACCAAGUCCGCGCUCCGGCCUACGACCCAUCCAUGCUGCCUCUCCUUCCACCGAAGAAAGCGCCCGAAGACACAAGGCAGAGCAAGGCUACCUUGAAUGCGAUGAAGAGUACGAGAAACUAUGUGCCCAGUCAGGCAUUGCCACCGCAGCUCAAGACACCCGUCAGGACAGACCUGCCUGCCAGACCUUCUCUACCACCACGACAGUCUACCACUCAAGAGCGAUCUCCACAACAGCCACCUCUACCCAGCAGACCUGCCACAAAUCAUUCAAGCAUGCCCAAGGCGAACAAAACGAUCGCGCCACCGCCACGGCGCUCAGCCCUCGAAAUGGGCUUCAACAACAAAGCGCCCACACCACCACCCGUCCCCUCAACCCGCCCGCCGCCAGUAAUCUCAGACUCUGCCCCAGCAUCCAGCGCGCCACCACCUAUACCACUUGCUUCGCGGCCAGACCUGAAGGCCAUAAAGGCAUCGAAGCCAAAACCAGGAGCGCAUGCAUCCUGCCUCAAGUGUCGAGACUUUUCGGGACCCGACAACCACGCUGCCCAAUUUCCUCGGACGCAACUUCCUUCUUCAGAUGUUGGCUGGCUUGCACAACAAUUAUGCUCGCAGUUCUCGUCACCUACGGACAAAGCAAGAUCAAUCUUCACCUGGCUGCAUCACAACAUAGACUACGAUGUCUACUCUUUCUUCAACAAUACCAUUCAACCGAGCACCCCUGAGAAGACCAUUACCAGCGGCUUGGCGGUGUGUGAGGGCUAUGCUGGUCUUUUUGCUGCUUUGGCACUCAAGGCUGGGCUCCAGGCAAUGGUCAUCUCCGGUGCCUCCAAAGGUUAUGGGCACGAGCCGCUUCAGCCAGGCCAACCAAUCCCUCCUUUCAAGACGACGCAUGCAUGGAAUGCCGUCAAGAUUGACAAUGGCGAGUGGAAACUAAUAGAUGCCUGCUGGGGUGCCGGACAUGUCGGAUGUCAAAUGAAGAAUGAAGGAUACAUCCGGUCUUUCAACCCAUCCAUGUUCACCAUGGAUAAUGACGAGUUCGGCCUGAAGCAUUAUCCAAGCGAGGCGUCGCACCAAUUCCGUAAUGAUGGACGAAUCAUACCGUACGAAGAGUUCAUGACAGAAGACGUUGGUGGACGCGUUCAAACGUAUGAAUUGAACAAUCACGGCAUCGGCGAGCGCACGGUUUUCCCGGCAGAUGCCAAGAUCAAGAUCAACGACCCUCAAGCUUCGUCAGUCGUCCGCUUCCAGUUCUCCAGCAUAUGCCCACACUGGGACAAUGCUCGUCACGGCAAAGGCCCUCCCUAUGUCAUGCUGCUCAGCGUUGCCGGCCUAGACGGACGGCAACCGGGAUAUCUACCCUUCAACACCGAUGGGCGUACGUGGUGGCUUGAUGUGAAUCGUCGUGAGCUUGGUGCACCUGGACAGAAGAUCACAGUCAACGCCGUCACAGAGUUCAACAAUGAGGACGCCAGAGGUCUGAGUUAUGAGACAUGGAACAACAAGAAGGGCUACUCGUGCAAGUUUGGUUGGGUGGCUUCGUGGGAACUGGUCAAUUCCCCAGGUUCUGCAGCGUGGUCGCGGUGGAUCGCCGAUAACUUACAGGAUGAUCUGCUGUCUUCCGGUCCCUGCAUCUGUCCUGGUCUAGGCCUCGAAGGGCAAUCUGCAGCCUUGCCGUUGGUGGCGGGACUAGCGUCUUGGCAUACUGAGCGCUCGUCGAAAUGUGUAAAGAACGACAAACGAACCCUCACCACCCACCUCGAACUUGGGGGUCGCCUUUCAGAUCGACUUCUUUCUGCAAUCUGGCACGCCUGCUUGCCUCUGUGCUUUGUCAACAUGGCUUCAGACUUCGUAGGCCUGUCGGUCAUGGUCAUGCUGCAGAACCCGCCUAACACGGUUGUGUAUGGCAUGGUUGCGGCGAUCAACCCUCAGACAGCCACCCUGACGUUGCAUAAUGUGUUCUUCCCCGCCACUGGCCACCGCCUGAGCUCCUACAACCUCGAAGGGCACGCGAUCGCUGACAUCAGAAUCAACGACGCUGCGCCGCCGCCGCAACCGCACCCGCCGCGCUCUGAUCCUCCGCCGUACUCGCAGAAUCCGCCGGUUCAUGCGCAGCGAGCGCCAGCGAAUGUUGGCCACCAGGCGCCUCAGGUUGUCAAUCAGCCGUCUGCGCUGCCAGCAGGUCAUGUCACGCACCAGCAGCCUCAGCCGCCAGCGCAGACGCCGAGCUUCGUGGAUCCUGCCAUCUUGAGUGUGGGGAAGCGAUCUGUUGCUCCUUCCGCUGGCCAAGCUAUAGCAGCGCCACCUCAGGAAGCUCCUGCGACACCUAUGAAGCCUGUUGGCGGAGGACCCUCGGCGCCUCAGCCAAAGAACACUUCUUUCGCUACUCGUCCCAAGGAACGUCCUAUUCGAAAGCCAAGUGCUGCGACCCUGGAGGGCCCCUUCUCGUCGCUUGAUAUACAGGAUGCCGAGGAAGCUGACAGUGAAACGAGGGGUCCCCAGGCUUCGGUCCGCAGAGCAAGCAUCAACAAGACGCGGACAGGGAAGCCAAUGGACGACCCAAGCCCACAGAAGAACGAGGAUGGAGCCAAGAAGACUCGUAGGGGAGGCAAGUCUCGUAAGAAGGAGCUCGCUGCCCAAGAGAGGAAGAAUGGUGAAGGGUCAGCCGGUCCCGAGACGGUGAAGAAAGGCAAGGGCAACGGCUGGAGGAACACUCCUAUGCUACAAGACGCCAACCAGACACGGACACCAGGUGUGAUUGGUGGCAGAGUCGGUCUUGCCGCCGCAAACGCCUCGAACCGCAAGACACGCCGCCAGCAGGCCCUCGAGGCGACUAAUGGAUGGGCUACCGAAGAUGCAACUGAUAUUCAAGAGCUUCCAGAGUUCGACUUUCAGAGUAACCUCUCCAAGUUCGACAAGCGCACUGUGUUCAAUCAGAUUAAGAAUGAGGACACGACCGCAGACGAAGAUCGCCUGGUUAGCUUCAACAGGUUAGCUAGGCCUGGGACGCAUGGUGGCAAGAACCUGCAUCCGACGGAGAAUGUGUUGGACCGGAAGCUGAAAAGCACAACCAACACCAGUUCCGAGGACGAUUCAGACUUUGGCAGUGGCCGCAACUCGAGGCGCGCGAUGUCGCGAACGUCUGUGAAACGAGCUCCAACCCGACAAGGCAGCGGUGUCCAAGCCGAUCUCGAGAUGACAGGUUCUGGUCUUCUGGCCCGUGGCAAUCGCCCCUUCAUCAACCGUCCCUAUACCUCCUCGCACGCCACUGGUAGCCCACGACCAGGUCGCAUCGCAACACCGCCCGACUCUCCCCUUGAUGCCGCGUCCAAAGGAUGUCUCCGCCUCAUGCCCUCGAAUCGCAAAUGCUACACCAUUACUCCUGGUGGCAUGCUCGCCGUCGAAGAAGCCGCCGAAGUAGACUUUGGUCUCACCGAAGACCUGAUCGCCGAAAACUCCGGCCGCGGCAUCGCAGAAGUAGCACUCACAGCCAUCAAUCCCGGCGGCCGCCGUCUUGCCAAAGAAAACCCCAAUGCCCAACCCGUCAUUGUGGUCCUCGCCGGUAACCACCGUGGCGGCGCGCGCGCGGUGGCAGCAGCACGACACCUCUCCCAACGCGGACCCAAAGUCAUGGUCGCCCUCCUCGGUUUCGAACGAGGCGCAGACUGGGACAAGGACGUCCGACGCCAAGUCGACCUCUUCCGCAAACUAGGCGGCUCCGUUCGCGCAUGGCGCGAGACAGAAGACGCCCUCAAGCGCCUUCAAGCCCCCCCCGAACUCAUCAUCGACGCCCUCCUCGGCCGACACAAGGAAUUCGACUCCCUCGGCGACGAGGACCGCCGCACCGUCCUCACCAUCGUCGGCUGGGCGAAUAAAUCCCGUGCCGCCUGCCUCGCCGUCGAGACACCCAGUGGCGUCGGCGGCUCGACGGGCGAAGUCGCCAUCCUCGAGGGCGAGCCGUUGGAGGUGCGCGCAAAGUAUAUCGUCUGUCUGGGCGCGCCGCGCACAGGCUUGUUGAAGGCGCUGCAGAAUGGGACGGGCAGGGAUCCCGAGUGGCUCGUCUGGGUCGUGGAUGUGGGUGUCAAUAAGGCAUGGAGAAAUGCGGGUAUUGGUGGGGGUAAGGGCGUUCGGUUCGGUGAGAAUUGGGCGGUCCAGGUUCGGUAUUCGGAGGAGUGA